AAUUAAAUGAGUUCAAUUGGAGAUCAGCUGUUUGGCUUUUGACAUUUAUCCGUAUAUACGUAUCGCUCACUUUACGUAAUACAAGAAAUACGUAUUUGUCAAACAAGUUGAACGGUUGGUCUCAAAUUUAACUCAAAUGGUUUGGCGCAGCAUUCGAAUCACAUCAAAUCGACAACAUGCCGAAAAUUAAACGUAAACAGGCUACGUGCUGGGAAAAAUUAGAAAAAACGCUCGAUGAUGAUUUGCCAGAAUGUAUUAAAAUUUGCCUCGAAAGUGCUGGUUAUGAUACAAUAAUCAGCUUGAAACAAAUUGACGCAGAGAGAAUUCGUGAAAUCGAGGCACAUCUCACAGAAUAUCGCUCCUGGGAGAACGAACUGGUCUGUUGUAACAGUGACUAUUACAGAGAAUUGGCUGAUUUUAAGUUCAAACCGGGACAUAAAGUGCGAAUCUUGGCAAUCCCAAAGCAAAUCGAGGAGAUGGCAACUGGCAGUCACACACAAAGUAACGCUAGAAGUACUGGUACAAACAAGAAGGAAACAAAUCAAAGUGACGAAGAUCUGGUCGAGAAUUUGAUUUCAAAUUUGAUGGCAUUUAUGGAAAAGUGUGAAUUUCCGCUCCCAGUUGGUAUGAUCAGCACAAAUAACAUUCGGAAUUUUCAUCGAGGAACCGAUAAUGAUAGUUUCGUUUGCAAAUGUCGUUUUGCCUGUCCAUUCUGCGAAAAAACCAUUCCAAUUACAUUCAAAAAAUUUUGGAUGUCAAGUAACGCAACGACGCACUUGAAAACUCAUGUCCAGCUCGAAUUUCUCGUCGAUCCAAACCUUGUUGAGGAACACCAUGAAAGUUAGAAUGAGUUCGAAUAUAUUGACGAUUCAAACCACGGUUCAUCAUAAAAUGUGUUCAC